GUCGGGUUCGCGCGGCGUCGAAGCGACGUCGGCGACGACGUAAGCGACAUCUCAUCCCGUUUCCUGGGGGUUGACGUGCAGCUUUCCUUCAGGCCGUCACGGCCGCCCUCGGGACCGACCCCUGUCUUGUGUCCUGUACUUCGCUCAUCCUUGCGAACGCCGCGGCGAUGGCCGACAGCGAGUUCGAAGAGUUCCGGCACUAUUUCGAGAGAUUGCCCCAACAUCUGAAAGCACCCCUUUCCAACUACACGCUCGUGCACGAUGUGAUGAUCGAUGACUCGCCGACAUCCUCGCAAGGAAGCGACGGAGAAGUCGGCAGGUCCUGCGAUGUCGUCACCGGUGACUCCGAGGACGAGGAAGUCGUCGUCAUCCAUCGGCACGACAAUCAAAGUGGGCAUACCACUCCCGAUGACAGCGAGGAACUGGAUCACCAUUGUUCGAUCAUAGCUGACAGCGAUUUUAGGUUGGUAACUUCCUUGUUCGGUGGACUGAGCAGCAGGGGCCGAUCGGUAAGCGGUGGCGGAUCAGGACCGGGCGGGGGUGGUACUACCGUAUCUGGUAAUGGUGGCCGGGAUAGUGUCGUCAGCGAUAUCGGCGACUCGUGUUCCAGUUUGAGCUCCUGGCCUACGCCGGAGCACGUACCGUCGAAUCGACCUGGAAGCGGCGGCACCGAGCGCAGACGUCGAAGACUGCCGGAAAUUCCCAAGAACAAAAAAUCCGCGCCCAUGUGCCAGACGUCCAUACAGACGUCGUCCUCGCUGGCGGAUGAGUUGAGUGCUGCCACAGGUUCAACAUCGGCUCGGCCUCAUCUUGUUCUAAGGAAAUGUCAUCCCAGACUUCGCCAUGAAGACAGCUCGCCCGACAGCGAGAGGAUGGCCACCGACAGUGGUCAUUCCACCGCUCACUCCCCCGAUAAUGGCCCCAAGAGUGUGUCGCCUAUUCCUUGCAAUACUCUGCAGAAUACGGACUCGGUCUCGCCCAGUAGCACCCCAGGAAGCGGAGGCGUACCGUUUACCCAACUAGAACUGCUCGAGGCAACGCAUCGAGGCCUGCACAAGUUCAUAUCGCGGCAUCAUGACGAAAUUGAUCUUGAAAUCGGAGAUCCCAUAUACGUGCAAAAGGAGGCUGACGAUCUCUGGUGCGAAGGUGUGAAUCUGAGGACAGGUCGACAAGGUAUUUUUCCAUCUGCUUACGCGGUUGACAUGGACUACAGUGACUUCGAUCCUACUGCGCCCAAGGUGAAAAGAGAGAGAUACCUUCUAGGUUACCUGGGCUCGGUAGAAACCUUGGCGCACAAGGGUACGGGGGUAGUUUGCCAGGCAGUGCGGAGGAUUCUUCGCAACUCUUCGCAGGAUCCGCCCGUCUCACAGAGUUGCAUCUUGGAAGUAUCCGAUCAGGGUCUUCGAAUGGUCGAUAGAAGUAAACCGCGAAAAAGUCAGGGUCCUUGUCAUGAUUAUUUCUACUCGCUGAAGAAUGUAUCGUUCUGUGCGUUUCACCCUCGCGAUCAUCGCUACCUCGGCUUCAUCACGAAGCACCCAACUUUGCAGAGGUUUGCUUGUCACGUGUUCAUUGGUCAGGAAUCCACAAGACCCGUUGCCGAAGCUGUCGGACGUGCUUUUCAUCGGUUCUACACGAAAUUCAUCGAGACUGCUUUCCCCAUAGAGGACAUCUACAUUGAAUAAAUUGCUCUCAGUCUGAUUUUCAUUAUGGUUGCGGAAAAGAUGAUAAAUAUCACUUCCCCCUUAUCCCCUGUAUAUAUUGCCCGUUAGUGUAGAUAUGAAAUAAUAAACGCGAAUCAAACACCCAA